UAAUGGCUGAGCAUCUGACGCGGUUUCCAAGGAAACUAAUCAUCAAACAUUUGUCGAAACGUCGCUAACACGCUUUAAACGACCUGAAAGCUUUACUUCGACACGGGACAAGCUCAGUGAAAAAGAGAAGCUAUUUAAAAAAAAAAAAAACGUUUAAGACUCGUUUGACGUUAGAACAUUUUGUUUUUAUUAAUUAAAAAAAAAAAAGAUUUCUCGACGCAAGGUUGUCACGCGCCAUUAAAGUUGAAGACGGCGGAAAAGGCGAAAACGAUGAGUCGUAACCUGACCCGCAGUCAGCAGUACCGGCUGGUGGAACAGCGGCGCGCCCUCGAGGAGCACAAGCAGCUGGAGGCCCUGCGGGUGGACCGGGACCGCAAAAUGGUGGCCGCCAUGAAGGAGGAGGACAACGUGGACAAGAAGAGGUUCUUAAAGCAGGUGCAGGAAGAGCAAAAAGAGCGAGAGAUAGAGAACGCCAUGGUGCAGGCCCACACUGCAAAAAUGUUGAGGGAGAAGCAACUUGUGCAAGAGGAGAAGCUGGCGAAGGAGUUGGCUCGCAUCAACCAGGACAGGCAACGAGAAGGCAAAAUUAGGCAGUACAUAAGAGAGAACAGCAUUGAGCUGCGCGAACUGGAGUCAAAGUUGAAAGUGGCCUACGUGAGCAAGGAGCAAGCGGCGCAGAUGGCAGAGCACGAAGCUAUCAAGUGUGAGACAAUGCGUGAGGAGGCGGAGCUCUACAACAAGAUGAAGAGCGACUUUGACCAGGCCACCCUGGAAGAGGAGAAGCUGGAGCAGAGGAAGCAGGAGGAGCAGCUCCAGUACCAGCACGAGCUCAACCUGCAGCUCAUCGAGCGAGAGCACAAGAGACAGGUGGCCUACGACGACUUCCUCAAGGAGAAGCUCAUGGUGGACGACAUCGUGCGCAAGAUUUACGAAGAGGAUCAGUUGGAGCGACAAAAGAAGCUGGAGAGGGUGCGUGCCACCCAGAAGCACAUCGAAGACUUCCAGACGCAGCGCGCCGAGUGGCAGCGCUUGGAGAACGAAAAAAUGGAGGAGGAGAACCGGCGCAUCAGGGAAUUCGCAAACCAGCAGAAGAAGUCGCAGCAGGACAGGAAAGCCAAGAUCAAAGCGCGAGAAGACGCCAUACAGCACCUCAGAGAUACGCUUGCCGAGAAAAUGGCCGAGGAGAGGCGACAGCGUGACGAGAUGGAGAGAAUUCGCCAGGAUCUUUGUCUCGAGGAACAAGAAGCGGCCUUCAGAAGGAAAGAAAUCGAAGACAUGGAGAAGAACAUCAGACAGCGGCUGAUGUUGCAGAGGACCUGCCAGGAGCAAAUGGCCAUGAAGGAGAUGCGACGGCAGGCGGAGAAGGACGAGGAGGAGGCCUUCCGCAAGAUGACCAUGGACAAGUUUGCGGAGGACGACCGCAUCGAGCAGAUGAACGCCCAGAGGCGGCGCAUGAAGAUGAUGGAGCACAAACGCGAGGUGGAGAUGCUGAUCGAGGACCGACGGCGGCAGCACCAGGCCGACAGGGAUUUGAAAGCCAAAGAAGAAGCGAUGGAGCAGGAGAGAGAAGCGCUUUGCAGGCAGAUCAUCGAAGAGGAAAGACUGCAGCUUCUUCAGCGUCACGCCACCAAACUUCUCGGGCACCUACCAAAGGGUUUGCUUCGCGAAGACGACCUGAAGCACUUUGAUGAAGACUUCAGGAAAAACUUCCAGACAAGUCAAGCAGAUAAUGAAAACCACAGCGGAGAUGACUGAUUCAUUUUCUUAUUUUUUGUUACCAAUUUUAGAAUUACUACAACAAGGGUUAUGUGAUCACACUUUUCACGGAAAGUCUCGGGUGAAUGGUUGUACGCGCGCAUGGAAAAUGGAUGACAUCGAAUACAAAAGGUGCUAAUGACGAGGUCAAAAUAUUAGAAACUACUACGGACAUCAAUAAACAUAUUGGUGGAUUAAUAGC